GCCCGGCUGUCUUACUUUACGGCUCAGCUGCUUCAGGCGCCACGCGACAGCCGGCUUGCCAGCACUUGGCUGCUUUACGGCUGCGCGCCACAGCCUCCUCCCUUGUCUCUCUGCGCUCGCCAAGAUGGCCGUGGCCGGGACGCUGUACACGUACCCCGAGAACUGGCGGGCGGCGAAGGCGCUGAUCGCGGCGCAGUACAGCGGCGCCCGACUGCGCGUCCUCUCCUCACCCCCCCACUUCCACUUCGGCCACACCAACCGCAGCCCCGAGUUCCUCAGCAAGUUCCCGGUCGGAAAGGUUCCGGCCUUCGAGGGCGAUGACGGCUUCUGUGUCUUCGAGAGCAACGCCAUCGCCUACUAUGUCAGUAACGAGGAGCUGCGCGGGGGCACCCCGGAGGCCGCGGCUGAGAUCCUGCAAUGGGUGAAUUUUGCCGACAGCGACAUCGUCCCCCCCGCGAGCACCUGGGUCUUCCCCACCCUCGGCAUCCUGCACUACAACAAGCAGGCAACGGAGUUUGCGAAGGACGAGGUGCGGCGAGCGCUGGGGGUUCUCGACGCUCACCUGCGCAGCCGAACCUUCCUGGUGGGCGAGCGCGUCUCGCUGGCCGACAUCACCGUCGUCUGUGCUCUGCUCUGGCUCUACAAACAGGUGUUGGAGCCGGCGUUCCGGCAGCCGUUCGGUAACGCCAACCGGUGGUUCGUGACGUGCCUGAACCAACCGCAGUUCCGGGCGGUGCUGGGAGAUGUGCAGCUCUGCCAGAGGAUGGCUCAGUUCGACGCCAAGAAGUUUGCGGAGCUGCAGGGGCGGAAGGAGCCGGCCCGGAAGGAAAAGGAGAAGGAAAAGCCCCCCCGGGAGGAAAAGGAAAAGCCUUCCCGGAAGGAGGAAAAGCGCCCGGAACCGGAGGAGGAGCUGGAUGAGUGCGAGCAGGCGCUGGCGGCCGAGCCCCGCGCCAAGGACCCCUUCGCACACCUGCCCCGGAGCCCCUUCGUGCUGGACGAGUUCAAGCGCAAGUUCUGCAACGAGGACACACUGGGGGUGGCGCUGCCGCACUUCUGGCAGCACUGGGACCCGCAGGGCUGGUCGCUCUGGUUCUGCCAGUACCGCUUCCCCCAGGAGCUGGCGCAGACCUUCAUGAGCUGCAACCUCAUCUCCGGGAUGUUCCAGCGCUUGGACAAGCUGCGCAAGAACGCCUUCGCCAGCGUCAUCCUCUUCGGCACUGACCACGACAGCAGCAUCUCUGGAGUCUGGAUCUUCCGCGGGCAGGAGCUGGCCUUCACGCUCUGCCCGGACUGGCAGGUGGAUUACGAGUCGUACACGUGGCGGAAGUUGGACUCGGAGAGCGAGGAGAGCCGUCUGCUCGUCAGGGAAUAUUUCUCCUGGGAAGGGGAGUUCAAACACGUCGGGAAACCCUUCAACCAGGGCAAGAUCUUCAAGUGACCGCGACCCCGCGCGGCCUCUCCCGCCCCACGCAAAUAAACGUGCAGCGCAGCUGCG